GGCUCAAAGCGGAUGGCAGCGGCGGGGGCGGGGUCAGAACUCGGGCGGCGGAUCCCAGCCCGGCUCUUUGGAGCCCGCCGCGGAGCAGCGCCCCGGCGGGGCCCAGGAGGAGCAGCACUAUGGAUUCCUUCAAGGUGGUGCUGGAGGGGCCAGCACCUUGGGGCUUCCGGCUACAGGGGGGCAAGGACUUCAAUGUACCUCUCUCCAUCUCCCGGCUCACCCCUGGGGGUAAAGCUGCACAGGCCGGCGUGGCCGUGGGUGACUGGGUGCUGAGUAUUGAUGGCGAGAACGCGGGGGGCCUCACACACAUCGAAGCCCAGAACAAGAUCCGUGCCUGCGGGGAGCGCCUUAGCCUCAGCCUCAGCAGAGCUCAGCCGGCUCAGAGCAAACAGCAGAAGGCCCUGGCCCCCGCCGCGGACCCCCCGCGGUACACCUUUGCACCCAGCGCCUCCCUCAACAAGACGGCCCGGCCUUUCGGGGCGAACCCGUCCGCAGACAGCACCCCGCAGCAGAAUGGACAGCCGCUCCGACCGCUGGUCCCAGAUGCCAGCAAGCAGCGGCUGAUGGAGGACACAGAGGACUGGCGGCCGAGGCCUGGGACAGGCCAGUCCCGUUCCUUCCGCAUCCUCGCCCACCUCACGGGCACCGAGUUCAUGCAAGACCCGGAUGAGGAGCACAUGAAGAAAUCAAGCCAGGUGCCCAGGAUGGAAGCCCCAACCCCAGCCUCAGCUACACCCCAGGAACCCUGGCCUGGCCCUGCCACCCCCAGUCCCACGAGCCGCCCACCCUGGGCUGUGGACCCUGCAUUUGCUGAGCGCUAUGCCCCGGACAAGACCAGCACGGUGCUGACCCGACACACGCAGCCAGCCACACCCACGCCUAUGCAGAACCGCACCUCCAUCGUGCAGGCCGCCGCUGGAGGGGGCCAUGGCGGGGGCGGUGGCGGCGACGGCAAGACUCCCGUGUGCCACCAGUGCCACAGGGUCAUCCGGGGCCGCUACCUGGUGGCGCUGGGCCACGCAUACCACCCUGAGGAGUUUGUGUGCAGCCAGUGUGGGAAGGUUCUGGAAGAGGGUGGCUUCUUCGAGGAGAAGGGGGCCAUCUUCUGCCCACCCUGCUACGAUGUGCGCUAUGCACCCAGUUGUGCCAAGUGCAAGAAGAAGAUCACCGGCGAAAUCAUGCACGCCCUGAAGAUGACCUGGCACGUGCAUUGCUUCACCUGUGCGGCCUGCAAGACACCCAUUCGGAACAGGGCCUUCUAUAUGGAGGAAGGGGCUCCCUACUGCGAGCGAGACUAUGAGAAGAUGUUUGGCACAAAAUGCCGAGGCUGUGACUUCAAGAUUGAUGCUGGGGACCGCUUCCUGGAGGCGCUGGGCUUCAGCUGGCAUGAUACGUGCUUCGUGUGCGCAAUAUGUCAGAUCAACCUGGAAGGAAAGACUUUCUACUCCAAGAAGGACAAGCCCCUUUGCAAGAGCCACGCCUUCUCCCAUGUGUGAGCCCCUCCCACUCUUUGCUGCCCACCCCAGCCUAGCCAACCCGAGGGGUUUGCUGAUUCUGGAACCAUUGCCCCAGAUUUCUGGGUAGGGCUAGCAAAAGUUGCCCCGACCCCAACUCCUGGCCUGAGCCUGGGGUCCCCUGGGCCCCACCCCCAUCACCUCCCCCCACUCCCUCCACCACCUCCGCACACUGGUGCUGGCCACACCGGCCCCCGCUCACGUCCAGUGCUACAAUAAAUCUGUCUCCAGCUGCG